AUACGAACCCUUUUCUCCUAAAACCCAAAUACAAAGAAAAAACCUCUCUUUCUCUUUUAAGUCUUACCACCCAAAUACGAUGGCUCCGGCGACUCUUACAUCCCUCUCAAAGGAGAAAACCCUCCAAGCCAGCUUCGUCCGCGACGAAGACGAGCGUCCAAAAGUUGCAUAUAAUGAAUUCAGCAAUGAAAUUCCCGUUAUAUCCUUAGCGGGGAUUGAUGAUGUCUCGGAAGGAAACAAAAGAGCUGAGAUAUGUAAGAAAAUUGUUGAAGCUUGUGAAGACUGGGGAAUUUUUCAGGUGGUUGAUCACGGCGUUGAUACUAAGUUAAUAUCGGAAAUGACUCGUCUUGCUAGAGAGUUCUUUGCUUUACCGCCGGAGGAGAAGCUCCGGUUUGAUAUGUCCGGCGGUAAGAAAGGCGGUUUUAUUGUCUCUAGCCAUUUACAGGGAGAGGCAGUCCAAGAUUGGAGAGAAAUUGUGACAUACUUCUCAUACCCACUUAGGACAAGAGACUAUUCAAGGUGGCCGGACAAGCCAGAAGGAUGGAGAGCAGUAACUGCAGAGUACAGUGAAAAAUUAAUGGGCCUUGCUUGUAAGCUUCUUGAGAUUCUAUCAGAAGCUAUGGGGUUAGAGAAGGAGGCAUUAACGAAGGCAUGUGUAGAUAUGGACCAAAAAGUUGUGGUGAAUUAUUAUCCAACAUGUCCACAGCCAGACCUUACUCUUGGACUCAAACGCCACACUGAUCCAGGUACUAUCACCCUCUUGCUUCAAGACCAAGUUGGUGGCCUUCAAGCUACUAGAGAUAAUGGCAAGACUUGGAUUACUGUUCAGCCCGUUGAAGGUGCUUUUGUUGUCAAUCUUGGAGAUCAUGGUCAUUUCCUUAGCAAUGGGAGAUUCAAGAAUGCAGACCAUCAAGCUGUGGUGAACUCAAACUGCAGCAGACUGUCCAUAGCCACGUUUCAAAACCCAGCACCAGAGGCAAUAGUUUAUCCACUGAAGAUAGAAGAGGGAGUUAAGCCAGUUCUUGAGGAGCCAAUUACAUUUGCAGAGAUGUAUAGGAGGAAGAUGAGCAAAGACCUUGAGCUAGCUAGGCUCAAAAAGUUGGCUAAGGAACAGCAAAUCAAGGACUUGGAGAAAUCCAAAUUGGAGAGCAAACCAAUAGAGGAGAUAUUUGCUUGAAAUAUUAUUGCUAAUUAAUAAGGUUAUUAUAUGGAAUUUUUCUUUUCAGCCUUUGAUGGAUCUGUUCAUAUUUGAGGAAGGCCAAGUGUCUUAAACUUCCUUAAUAUAUAUAUGGAAAAAUAAUAAUAAUUUUGGUGUUUAAAUCUUUUUUUUUUUUUUCUAUUUUGAUGUGU